UACUUGCUACUAUAAUAAAAUACUUAUGAUAUUUCGUACCAAAUGAUUUUCGAAACUCACGUCAUAACACGAAUUCGGUGAUAACGGUUUAUGUACUUGCGACGCGAUGUCAAAGAUAUGCCCGUUGUCCGAGUCUGUGCGAAAUAUUUGCGCCUUGUCAAUUGUUGUCGAUCACUUUCCAACGCUACGAUAACAAUUGUGUGAAAAGUAUUGAAGUACCGACGGCAGACAUAAAUUUCGUCUUGCAUUCAGCGUUCCACUUCAUAGACUGUUGUGCAAGAGAAUUUGAUGCUUCGAACCAUUUAUUUACAACACAGAACAAUUUCGCAGAUUGCAAUUUAUUGCCUGGAUUGGAUUGACUGCUGUAGCUUAUUUUCCAUCAACACUCUUUAAUUUAUUCAAAUUUUCAAGACCCAAGUUUGUCGACAAGUAUGACUUCAGAGACCCACCUGUAUUUGAAUGAUUCCGUGAUCAAUAAUUAUUUUAAUUUAAUCCAAAAACAAUAUCCGAGCGUUUAUUGCUUUGAUACCUAUUUUUAUGUGCGACUUGAGAAAUCUAAAUACAAAUCAGUAGAGCGUUGGACAAAAAAAAUCAAUAUUUUUUCAAAAAGAAAAGUAUUUUUUCCUAUCAAUAUUAGAAGAAAAAGGUUUGCACACUGGAUUUUGAUAACAGCGGAUAUGGAUAAGAGACGAGUUAUAUAUUUUGAUAGUCUUAAAAAUCAUUAUGAAUACAAAAUUCAUUUAGACAUAUUAUCAUACUUACAGCAGGAGCAUGAAAGAAAGUUGGGUUAUCCUUUACAAAACUGGAGAAUUGUAAGAGGUUCUAACCCCCAACAGUCUAACGGAAGUGACUGCGGGGUUUUCGUCUGCACAAUUGCGGAGUAUCUCGCAAGAGAUGCUUCGUUUAAUUUUAAACAAAAAAAUAUGCCAUCUUUUAGGAAAUUGAUAUUAUAUGAACUGUUUAUCGAACAACUCAUUACAGUAGACGAAGAUGUGGACGAAGAUUCAAUCGUUGAUGAAAUAGACCGUAUGAUUAAUAAUUCUUUAAUGAACAGAUAAAUUUAAUUUUUAGUUAGU